AUGGUUGAUGAACAAAAAGAACCAUGUGAUGUGGAAGAAGUGGAUGAUAUGGAAGAAGGGAAUGGAAUAGAAAAGAAGAUUAAAAAGAAGGAGAAACAAAAUGUGACCUUGCAAAGAAGGUGGACCAGAGCACAGAUGAAGACAAGGAUAAGGAUUGAGAAGAGUAGUAUUUUGAAAAUGACUGCAAUGAUGGCUGAUGGACAAGUUACAAAGUGUUUGUAUGAUAACAGGGUGUUGUUUAACAAAAUGAAGAAUGGCUCCCCAGAAAAAGAUCAUGGAAUUUGCUUUGUGAACCCGACAUUAAUCUCGCCAAGUACGCGUAAAGGGAAAUCUAAGAAUAUUGACGAUGCAAGCAGAGGUUUAGCAGAUCGGUUGUCUAAAAGAAAGGGCAAUGACAUCAUCUUUAUGCCCUACAAUCCCGGAAGACAUUGGGUAUUGGGUGUACUAGACAUGAAAUCGGAUAAUUGCUAUUAUCUUGAUUCCUUGAGUUCUAGCAAUUUCAAUAUGCAGUUGAAGCAAAUUGUUGAUUCGGCAAUGGUUCUGUACGCUACACAAAGUGGAUCCAACAAAAGGGUUAAACUAAAUUGGGUUAAUGUUACGUGUCCAGUUCAGCCCGGAGCUACCGAAUGUGGCUACUACAUGCUAAGGUUCAUGAAGGAGAUAGUGGAAGAAGGAAUUGAAGUGUUGGUCAAAGACAAUAUCGGGGAUGGCAAAGUUGAGUACACAACUGAUGAUAUCGAUGAGAUACGUGAAGAAUGGUCAGAGUUUAUUACAGGCUUCAUUUAUCGAUGA